AUGGCACCAAAGCGGAAAACUCGUUCAUCACAACAACGAACACCCUCAUCGAAAAAGGGAAACGCAUCAUCAGGUACAACUUCAUCUCCAAAAGCAACAACACCAAAACGGAGUUCUCAUCCAGCUAUCAAUGUGGACGAAGAGGACGAUGAAGAAUUCUUGAAUGAUCAAACAACUACAUCCAGUACACUUGCUGUCGGAGGAAACACUCCGAGUACAAAUAAAUCAUAUGAGGACGCUAAACAAUGGGAAGCAAUGAGAGCUAGACUUGCACUACUCGAGAGAGAUAAUUAUUUUGAUAGGAAAGGAGGCAGUGCAGGAAAGUUUAGUAUCAUUUCUGGAGGUGAUGAUGAAGAAGGUGUAUGGGAUACAACCAAUGAUGUCACCAGACCGAAAAACAAGUCCAAGAAAAAAAAGAAGGAUACUUCCGAAGAUGUGGAACCAUCAUCAAAGAAGAAAAAGACUGAGUCUAAAGACUCCAAAAAGAAAUCGGCAAAGUUCGUUCGGAGGAAAUUAGACCAUGUAUUAUUGAAUAUGGACAAAGUUCACUUGAAUUCACAUCCGAAUUAUUUUUCGAUUGAAGCAUCUCCUUCCAUUUAUCCACCACGAAAGUUUUGUUACACCACAGGAUUCUUAGCAAAUUAUACAUGUCCACACACAGGAAAGCAUUUCAUUAAUAUUCCAGCCUAUGAGCAUAUCAAAAAAGAUUUUCAAUUGGAAUAA